AUUAAAUUCACUUCUUGCCCGCCGGCUGGGCCGUUGCAGGAGCACAAUCGCAAUGGAGGAAGCCGACGACAGCAUCAGAUGUGCAGCUACGGAGCCCUCCAAGGCGGCGGCGCAGAACCGCCCAAGUAGCGAAACGAUAGUCGACCAGCAGCGAUUGCAGGUGGCUUCAUUUGAUGCCUCGUUCGUGCCAUCAGCACGGCCAGCCGUGAGUCGUUCGAUCCCCUUCUAUAGGGACCGAUCGUACUAUCUCGACGGGUGGCUAGACUCAUCAAUAUGGAAGUCGGCGGUGGGUACUCGGUAAACAGCCGGGAUGCGCCCUGCGGCACCAGACUGACAGGAUGGCGCAGUUUAUUGAAGCAGUUGCAACCGGUUGCAGCGUCUUUGUCAGCGGUUCCAUCACGGCGACGUUGUUUAGUUACAAGACCAACGUUCUCGGUGCUUACAUUGGAAUUAGCAAUACGGUGUUGCUGGCCCUGUUCAUCUAUGCCUCGGCCCCGGCGUCGGGAGGCCAUUUGAAUCCUAUGAUUACCUUUUCGUCUAUCCUCGUGGGCAUAUGUCCUCUUGCACGAGGUGUCUUGUACAUGUGUGGCCAGACCUUGGGGGCUGCGGCUGUCGGGGGACUGCUGAGUGCGGCUUGGGGCCGUGAGAGGUCCUUGAGUGUGGAGGGAGGCGGAUGCUUCGUCAACUUUGACCACAUCACCACGGGGCAGGUGUACUUGAACGAGUUCCUGGGAUCCUUCGCGCUCCUCUACCUUGCCUUCGGGGUGGGGUUGGAUCCCCGGCAGGCGGUUCUCUUUGGGCCGCGGCUCGGUCCACUGCUGGUCGGCGCGUCGCUUGGGCUGGUGAGCUUUUCGACCAGCGGGCUGGCCCCAGGCUACGCCGGUGCGGCGAUGAACCCGGCGCGAUGCCUGGCAUACGGCAUCGUCAGGCGUAGCAUGGCCGAUCAGUGGAUAUGGUGGUUUGGCCCGGCAGCGGCGUCCGUCUUCAACGCACUGGUAUACCACGCCGUGCCGCCGCACCACCUCGAGCUGGCGCGGGAAAAGUCGUGCAAGAAGCUGGGCGCAGAUUGUGCAAAAGGGGGGCCGAUGCAGCAUUCUGCGGUGUGACGACGGCAAUGUGAUUACGAAGUAGUAGUUGUAGGUGGUGGUAGCGAGCUUGCUGAGUCUGAAGUUGUGGGAAAAAAAUGCUUGGCGAACAGACGCUCUUGAGUGCGGUGUGUGUAACCGGCACCGAGCAAAGAGUACGGUUACUGUACUGUACUUGGUAUUAUCGAAAGGCACGGAGCACGGUGUACUGUAUCGAACGGCCCCGGACGCCCAAAUGCCUACCGCUGCCGAUCUGCUCAAACCCGCUCACAUGCUUGACCUGCCCAUCGUCAGUGGCUGCGUCGGAGGCCUGCGAGUCGAAGGUCAGGGUUCGGUUAGCGGGCUUGAUCACCCAAGCGGCCGCCAAACGUCAUUUUAAUGCGCGAGAUGCCCC